UUUUUUUUUUUAAUUUUAAACACUACUCGUGUUUGUCGACGAGUGGUCAUCGUUAACGCCGGUUUGCCGCUUAUAUCGUAUUUUCAAAAACUUCGCUGCACUUGUCCUCCAUUGUCGUUUCCAUUAUCUCGUCCUUCUACUGUCUCUCCGUUAUUGUUACGGCCUUUGCAAAGUGAUCGAUUUUACUCUCUUUUUUCUCCUUCGUAUCAAAUACUUCGUUGACAAAAUUACCUGUCAUUUGGAUCAGGUAAAGUCAGAGGGAAAAUAAGAGUGAAUACUGUAAAAAAACAAAAAAAUAAAAGAAUGUGCGCGCGUGUGUAUGGCGAAAGAGAAAGGAAUAAGAUGCUACAGUGGCAAUCCGGCGUGAAGCACGAUGCACUCGUUAAACUAAGUGAUGCACAUUUAAUGGAUAUAAAAAAGAAAGUUUCUUAACUUUGCAUUAUCCUUCCUCUUUUUUUUUUUCCCCAAAACGCGAACCACUUGUAAACUGUAUUUUACAUCAUAGUGCGCUCGGAUUAUGAUUACUGAUUAGCGUUUUUAUAAUGAACACUCGUGGCCUUUAUCGAUCUAACAAAGUACUAAAUACUAAUAUACGAUAAUACGAUAAACAAAUGUCAUAGCGAACACGUACCGAGGUGUUAUUUUAGAUUCGCGGCAUUUUUAGUACCUAUAAAGGUAAAAAGUGGCCGUGCCAGGGGCAGAGUUGCCCUUUUCGAAAAGCGUUGCACGUUAGUUUAUCACGGUUGCGUAAGAUCGAAUGGUUGCCAGAUUGAUAUAAUGGCUGAAAGCGUAUAAGAUCAGGCGCGAGGAGAGAGAGAGAGAGAGAGAGAGAGAGAGAGAGAGAGAGAGAGAGAGAGAAGAGCGUAAAAGUGCGUGAGUGAUAAAGGGAUGAAUGAGGGUGAGUGUGUGUGCUUGAGAGAAAAAGAGGAAAAAAUAUAGUGUGGCGGCUUGGUACGCCUUGUAAUUUUUAGAGCAGUUUAUUUAAGGAAGUAAAAAAAAAUAAUAAAAGCGAAAGAUAAAAACUAACGCAACUUAAGAUAAUCUUUGAAUGCUGCCAAUUUUUAACCGUAGUUGCGAGGGAAACGCAAAACGGUUUAAACGGUAUGGGAUGAUCUUCGCAUCAAUUUAUUGUCAAGGAAGGAAAGGAUAAAGCGAGGAGAAUUUCAAUUAACCGAUCACUCUUAUUAAUAUUUUUCUCUUUAUUGUCACUACUCUAUACAGUGCUAUUGCUACUACCACCACCAACACACGACAUUCACUACAAACUCCACCACCUACUACCACUACACGUUACUAUUGCAAAACAAGGAAUAACGAUAGAUAUUUUUUGAUUAUAUUUAAUAUUAAUAUUUACAAAUUCGUAGCGUUAUUAUUAUAUAUUAUUAAUAUUAAUAUUUACAGUUUAGUAGCGUUAUUAUUACUAUCGAGAUAAUAUUAAAAAAAAAAAUGAACUAAAGCAAAAGCAUUUUAUAAUUAUCUAUUACUACUCGUAAGAUUUGAGCAAUGACACGCGUCAAGUAGGACGAGUUAAUUCUUAGAGUACAAGUCGUCGCGCGGACAAAACUGUACGUUGUGACUCAAGGUAAAAGAGAGAAUUUCGAUUUUUGUUCGGUUUUUUUCGUCUUCUCAAACAACGUCUCAAAAUGCUGUUACAAAGGAAAAUAUCGGAGACGGCGGUAUCGUUGAGACAUUCCAAGAGAGAGAUUAGAACGCGCGCGAUCGCCCGUUGGAAACAUUCAGAUUAAAAAAAAAAGUCAGGGAAAAUAUAAUUGAAGAGCGAAAAGCACCCAGGACAACAAUCGGGCUCAUCCGUAAGAAAGAAAAAAAUAAUAAUGGAGAAUGAGACAUACUUUAUCACAGUCAAUAACAAUAGAGACGAAUACUUGAUUAUUUAUAAUUAAUUCGCCCACACACGCCUUAUAACGUUAAUAACAAGAAAGAAAGAAACGGAUGACGUCCGAUAAAUUGCAAUGGCCGCCAAGUUGUUCGAAUAAGUUUGAAUAUUCCCAGUCGAUUAUGCUUCUACUUUUCUCUGGUUUCUUCUAGUUUCCUUAACUAGGUCAGUGCACAUGCAUAUCUAGCUGAAAAUUGUUAUCGACCCUCGUAAUGCGAUUUGUAAAUAUGUAAAUGAAAGUUUGUUCGUUUUUCCUACGAAUUUGCUGAAAUUCGGACGCUACUAGCGGCUGAUCAUGGUAGCUCCAUGAGAGACAAAGGAAAUAUCAGGGAGAGACAUUUAAAUGAUCAGAGGGUUCGUUUGAUAGGAUCCGAGCGAUUCGCGGUCGAGGGUUACACGGUGCUAAAUCAUUUUUGUUUCUUUCAGGAAAUCCCUACGCAAAGUAUGGAAGAGAGAGAGAGUUUUGUUGUGUAUGUAUAUCAGUUAGUGUAUGUGUGCGUGAAAUUGAGGAAGAAUAUUUUUAUGGUUUAAUAGCCGAGAUAUUCCGAGGCUGACUUUUUUUUCUUUUCUAUUUGUUUCAUACUUGGCAAAGGUCUAUAGCAGUAUUAUUGCGUUCGAAGGUCUAAAUACACGUAACACGUGAAAAAUUAUUUGAAAAAAGUACACGCCACAUGGAGAGACACGUUAUGCAACCGCCGAGCAUGGAGAUGCAUAGAUAUUAUAUAUAUUAAAAAUUGUUGGUGCGAGGAUAUAUAUGAAAAUUACUUGUACUUUGCUGAGGAAGCUAGAGAUUGUUUAAAUAAAAAUCAUAUCUUACGAUUAGGUAACAAUCAUUAUACCUUCUCUUUCCUAGGUUCAUCUUAAGGAGAAACAACUUUGUUGUCUAGUUACUUGAGAUCCUAAGAAAUUUUUCACUUUUCAGAUUGGCUGCAUUGAUGGAGCUUGGAGUCUCGCGUUCUCUUACUAAAAUGGCUUAGUGGACUUUCUACAAUCUUCAAAGUGAUUCGAGUUACAAGAUUGAAGUUGAAGUUGACACUGGAUACCGGAUGCAAUUUGAAUCUGGCGCCCUGUCACGUGACGCUGGUUGUAUUAUGACGUUACCGGGAAACACCUGUCAUGCGACAGUGGCGCUAACUGCAGGUCACACCUGUUUCCUGUUCAGAUGAAAAAGAAAUCAAAAGUGUGAAGACGCACAAGGGACAGCCAACAGGGACCGAAAAAGAUGUCUACGGAUCGUCGUCGGUGGCAUACCCAACAGGAUGGCACCUUUGUCAUUGACAGCUCAGGCGAAGAUGAACACGACAGCAAACAGUGCUUGAGUCCUACAACCGAAUUCGAAGAAACGCUACAGCUAAUGACUGAUCUUUACGGUCAGACGCCCCCUAGGACGCGAUUGAAUCGACGACAGAGGCAAAGAAGACAGAAAGAAGUUGGGGGGCUUCCAGUCCAAAAAGAAACGAGAAGAUCCAGUGUGCUGAGUCGUAGCAACACCUUGGAUACCUUGUUAUUCAGUGAGAUGUGCGACAAAGCGGACAAGGACAGGGACAACGAGACAAGGGAAGAGGCUGCCAAGGAAGGAAAUCGAAGAAGUAAACGUACUUUAAAGCUUCUUCGUGAAACGGAAAGAGAUUUGAAGCUGGACGUGGCUGCAGCUGUUGCCUACGGCGAGAGAGCAGAACCGCUGCCGGUGACUACACCUAACAACAUAAAGGUCGAGACCAGGAAUAGAUUUCGGUGUCUGAGAUCAAAGCCUGUCGAUGUGCUAGAGCCGGGACCAGAGUCCGCGUCCGAAGGUUCAAAUAUUCUUCUUAAUAAAGAAGACUCAGUUGCCCAAUCACCCAGAUCACAGAGUCUCAAGGAACGCGAAAUAUUCCACGAUACUUUUUCGUUUCUCAUUAAACUGGGAAGCACGGACAAGGAUCGCUGUCGCAGGCAAAUGAGUCACGAGGAGACACGAUGGCAGAACGAACUGAAAGACUUGAUCUGGCUGGAGCUUCAGGCUCAUCACGCAGAACGCACCCCUCUUGCGCAGGACGAGUACUUGUGCAAGCAGCGGGAAGCAGUCGGUGCAUUGCUCACUGAAAUUAUCGAAUAUAGGUUUGAUCCAGUCGCCAAUGUUUCCGACAAUAGUUCCUUGGGUUCCACUCUUUCCAAUGACAGCGGUAUCGACGGCGUCACUUCCACUGCAUCUAGUCCUAACAUUGAAUUAGGAGUUUGUCCAGGAUGUCUUUCGAUGUUCUGUCGAGCCUGUAUCCGAAGCCAAUCGGAGGCCCUGAAACAAGUAGAAGGUCUUCUCGGUAGACUGGAGACUGCAGAAGGUCUCUACCCGUCAUCGCAGGCCUUCGCCGCGAAUUAUCCUCUCUACAAGAGUCCCGAGUUCACUGAUAGGGUCAAGGCCAUGUGUCUUUGGUACAACAUGACCAAACAUCAUCGAUUGAAGCUUCUGAUCCUCGGGAAGCUCCUAAUGUUCGCUCAUGCCAAAAUGAGACAGGACGAUAGCGUCGAUUCUGGAAUAAGUUCCCGAUCAUCGGACACUACUGACUCGAUCGAACACCGACAGAAUGUCGUCCGUUUCGAUAUCUCACAACCUGAGGAUAACGCUAGUCCAUCCGACAGUAACAAUAGCAAUGCUUCCUCCUUCGGUGGUGUUUCCUUUGCACAGUCCUGGUCGCCCACAACGGACUCUUUAUUUACAUGUAACGAGGCUGACAGACUAGAUAGACUUGAUUUUUAUAUCUUGGAAUUCGACAGACAAGCAUACAGGAAGUAUAUAGAGGAUGUCUUGAAGACAAGGGGUCUGAGAAAAAGUCUGAACUUUCUGGAAAUAUUACACACGGCCGUUCUGAGAAAAGCCAGAUUGGCCCUGGAAAAGUAUGACGGGAAAGAUGGCGACAGUAGCGCCGGUGAAGAGUACGAAGGUGAUCGAGAACUCAGGCGCUACGGGGUCUGGAGCAAAGAGGCUAAAGAAUUGAAUCUUCCUUCGUAUAGGGCAGCUUUUGUGUUUCUUACUCGGGUGCCGCUUGACCUGGUUCACGAGUUCCUGCGCAUGCGACUAGAGCAAAAACCAGAACAGCCUAGCGCACUUUCCGUUAGACAAUUGAUGCGCGAAUUACGCGAAGGUCUUAGAAUCGCCUGUAUUCAUCGUGACAGAUUCGAAGCGCAUUCGAAAGCCGCAGUUGCCAGCGACAAAGUAGCCUGCGAAUCGUUGUUUGAUCAACACAUUUCUGAAUUCGAUGAAAACCUUAAGGCUGUUUUCGAGCUGUACCUCAACUAUUUAAAGCAGUGGGUCGAUAUGGUCCAGCAUGAUAGUUUUCAUAAGAAUCUGAUCGAGGAUGAAUGGUCUUUUGUCAAAUCCAUUGCCGGAGAUAUUAAGGAUGGAUACGGAGUAGCAACGAUCAAAUUUUGUGAAAUCGCAUGUACGAUGCUUUAUCAAGUCAAGGAAUUCCUGAUAAAUCGUCCUAACGAAAUAGAAAGCUCCUUUAAAGAGGGCGAGCACGAGGAUGAAAUCUCAACCAAGUUGACCAUGAUGUCCGUGGGUCGUGAAUUGCAAGGGAUGUUCGUUGAGGCUCGCGAGAGGAUAGUAAAGAGCGUUGCCUUUGCAAGAUGUUUAAGAAGAGAUAUAGAGAAGAUGCCAAAGAGUUUUGGAGACUUUACGACAUCCAUACUGGAGCUGAAGGGAGCAGUCUUGGAUCUGAGAAAUGAGAUAACUAAGGUAAUCGAGGACUUCCAAAUUUCCGCGGAUCGUAUCAAGGAACCACUUAUGGAGAUUGAGCGUAUCUCAAUUAACACCCGAACACGUGAGAUCCUUCAUCAGGCGUAUAAAAUGGGCUUCGACUAUCACAAGGAGCUUUGCAAACUCUUCUUACCGGAAGAGAGAGUUGUCUUGGCGCGCAGUUUGGUAAGUUUCGCCUUCCUCUGGAUGGACUUUGUGAGGACCAGAUGCGAGCGUGGCCGAGGACUCAGGCCACGAUGGGCUAAUCAGGGUCUGGAAUACCUAAUGACGGUUUGCGAACCGCUCAACACAAAACACCUCACUGAUCAGGAGUUUGAGGAACUGAAGACCUGCAUGGACAGAUGCAUAUCGCACGUCGUAGGUACAGCUACACCGGCGGCGAUUUCAGACGUAGAAGGAUUGAGAAAACUGCCAAAAUCGAGAGCAGCAUCUCCUGUACGCGUGAGAUCAAGAACACCGAGUCUGAAUCUUCAUCAGAAAUUUAGAGACAGCUUAGAAUCCCCAGAAGUCUUUGGCGGAACAAAAAGGAGUCCGACGAGCAGCAGUACAAACAUCGUGUGCACUUCGGACGGUAAUUUGGCAGUGAGCUUAACAGUUCCCGAACGUGGUUUAACGCGACCCCAGAGAGUCGCCCUGGCUGUGAAGAAACUGGAACGGGAGAUCGACGAGAGAUUGCGAAGUCGAGAGCUCAUCGGACAACUCACGGACAGAAAGGCUGUCGACAGAGUCCGUAUUAAGUCUAGACGCGUCACGUUUACUUGGCAGAGAGGAAUUAAGAUUGGUCAGGGAAGAUUCGGUAAGGUUUACACGGUAGUCAACAAUAGAACUGGUGAAUUAUUGGCGAUGAAGGAGGUUCAGCUUCAGCCAGGAGAUCACAGGGCGAUUAAACGAGUAGCCGAGGAGCUGGAGAUAUUCGAGGGUAUCCAACACAAGCAUCUAGUGCGCUACUACGGAGUUGAAAUUCACAGAGAGGAAAUGCUGAUAUUCAUGGAAUUCUGCGCCGAAGGGACUCUCGAGAGUCUAGUAGCUGGUAGCGGAAACGGACUUCCGGAAUCAUUAGUUCGAAAAUAUACACGUCAACUUUUACUGGCUGUCUCAACUUUACACGCCCACGGAAUAGUUCAUCGAGAUAUAAAACCCGCCAAUAUAUUUCUCACUGACGAAGGCAAUUGCUUGAAACUCGGAGACUUCGGUUCAGCAGUACAAAUUAAAGCUCACACGACAAUGCCAGGUGAACUUCAGGGUUUCGUUGGCACGCAAGCAUAUAUGGCGCCGGAAGUUUUCAUGAAGACAGGAAGUGAGGGACACGGAAGAGCUGCUGAUAUUUGGUCUGUCGGUUGUUGCGUUAUUGAAAUGGCAAGCGGUAGGAGACCCUGGGCAGAGUACGACUCGAAUUAUCAAAUAAUGUUUAAAGUGGGAAUGGGCGAGAGUCCAGCAACACCAAAAAAUCUCUCAGCAGAGGGAAUAGAUUUCAUAGAUAAAUGUUUACAACACCAAUCGAGAAGACGAGCAACGGCAAAUGCACUGCUUAUACACACAUUUGCUAAAGCCUAUGAAGACGUAAAUGCGGAUCUGUCGUCGCGUUCGUAUAAUUCAAAGAAUAAGCUGAGUCAAAAUGAAUAAUAGGAUGUCUGAGAAAGAGAAUGAUCAACACGAUGAUAGAACAAAAAAAUUCCAAUAAGAUAUAUACAUUUUUCCGUAUACUUACAUAUUGUUCGUCUUCGAUCGAGAGAACAAGUCUCUUACACCUGCAUUUAUAAUUUCUAACGCAUCCGCAUUCCUGUAAAUACUUAUCAGCGAGCGUUAAGUCAAAUGACAAUAUUUAUUGUAGACUGCCACAGUAUAGUGUCCAUUUUUGUGUAGUUCGUACGUGCUUAUAGUAAUGAUUAUAAUAAUUAUAUCAGGAUAGAUUUAUUCCAGUCAUUACCUUUUUUGCAGUUAUCCUCAUGUUUCUUGAUACAAUGUGAAAAAACGGUGUUUGCGUGAUUUGCAUGGAACAAAUUGUGCUUGAUGCUUUUUAUACUUUAGUUAAAACUUAAAAGCGUAUGUUGUCUAAUUGAUUCUGCAUCGAAUAAGUUUCUACAUUUUUUUAGUGUUCUUAUUGGGCCCUUUGAAUUCUUAUAGUCUGACGUAGCUGACACGAAUCGUUUCUUGCAAUUUACAAAUCAGGCGGUUUGAGAUCAGGCAUGAAAUUGUUUUUACCGCAAGACGACCACACUUUGUUUAGCAUUUCAGUUUCCUGCUCUUCCAAAUAUUAUUUAUUAUAUAUUCUUCAAGCUCUUCUUCAGUUGGAACUAAAGGACUUAAAUUCUCUUGCCGAUGUUCCAAGGCUCUGAAAUACAUAUGUCUAGUUUAGUUCCUAGUCACUCAUGGGAAUGUUUAAGUUCCGUGCCUUAAUGGAACUUGGCCGAUUAAGUUCAGAUUGCAACGAGAUACAUGAUGGCAAUAAAUCGACAUAUUUUUCAACAAAA